AUGGAUAACGCAAAGGAAGCCUGUUGUCUCCUCAAGCAGUUUUACAGUAAUGUGGAGGAUUCAAGAAACUUCCGAUUUGGUGGGCAUUUAACGGCCUGCUGUCCACAAUGUAAACCAUACCAUCGAGUUGGAAAGCUCAUUGCACUUUUAACAGAAGAAGGUUCAUCUGCUUUAAAAAUCUUUGAAGAGAAAUGCGCCCGUCUUCCGAUCGUUUAUCUGGACUGUGUCAAGGAAUGGAAUGUCAAUGAAAGCCUCUAUAUGAUAGGGCUUAGUGCUUGGCAUUUUGUGAAGCCCUACAUCAGCUUCUUCAGCCAAGAUCUCAGCAUUAAGAUAGGCACUGCCAGCCCAUGCCUUCUUCAUGCUCCAAUUCAAACAAACUUGGUCUGGCAUGUAGUGAAGGGCUUCCCACAUGAGGAGAGGGGAGUCCCCUUUGAGAAUACAAACAAAGUUUGGUUAAAAAUCCCGGCUAGAUUUGACAAAUCUUUUCAGUCUUUAGUGAUGAACCUUCUCGGGCUGUUUGUUUACAAAACGUUUUGCACUAUGGGAGACUUUGGUUCUUGGAAUUUGAAAGUAAACACAUUAUCUUCUCGAGUGCUCUUUGGUGUUGAAUCUGAUGAGCCUGUCGCUACAUACUUCGCUGGCCUCAGUAGUUAUGGAGUUGGAGAUGAGUCAGGUCAACAGUAUACAUCAAAGUCAAUUUUUCAACCAAAUAAUAUUGGGAUGGAGACUGUGGCUGCUGAGUUGGUGAAAGGCAGAUCAGGAGGCCACAAAGACGUCGAAACAGCUGCAUCACAACUGAGUGUGUACGAUGUGGAGGAGGAAGUUUCUUUGCACGUUAUCAAACAGGAGAUAAAAGACGAACUUGAACAUGAUCCUGAUGUAAUGCCUCUUACCCUAGUGUCACAGAGGGAGGGCAUUCAGAAGAAAUCAGCCUUCCCAAUAGUUAAGUGCCCUGGAUGUGCAUCUGCCUUUCACGUUAGCAAGCCUGGGUUGGACGCUCUAUCCCACCACAUUGUGAAUAGUCACAAGAGGUAUGCCAAGUUGUACAGACACAGUCUGAGGUUCGCAGCUCAGGGAGGCCAUGGUCCUCAAUCAGACCGACAUUUCACCCUGUUUCAAGCUGAACCUCCACUGGAUUCCAGUUUAACUGAAUGA